AUGUCGAAUAGCAGUUUUUUUUUUGAUCUGAGUUUCCGGCGCUACAGUAAUCAUAAAUGUGUAUUAGAUAAUGAAGAGUUAUGUUUAAAGAUUGCAAAGAGAAGAGCACAACAUGAGAAGGGCAAUGUAAGUUUUUUCUAUUUGAUUUAUUCGAUAAAUCCAGAUGUUGAUUCAUUUGAAUUAGUGACAGAUCAAACUCUGAUACUAGAUCAGAGAAGAUCCGAUCCGGAUCCUAAUAAAGGCGUACAACAUGCUGAGAAUACAAUAACGCAAACAGCUUUUAUAUUAUUUUUACUUUCAAUUAUCACUAACAAUUUAACUGACACAAAAAUAAUUGCAAUUUUAGUUUCAGUUAUAUUUUUUGUAAUUAUUCCAAAUCAAACUAAUCUGAAGGUAAAAAUUGCUUACGCAUAA